GCAACCAGCCCCGGAAGUCGCGGGUCCGGGGCGGGCGCCGCGAGCGGGUGAAAGAUGGCGGAGGGUGGCGGCGCGGAGCCGGAGGAGCAGGAGCGGAGGUCCUCGAGGCCGCGGCCCCCGAGUGCGCGGGACUUACAGUUGGCCUUGGCAGAAUUAUAUGAAGAUGAAAUGAAAUGCAAGUCUUCCAAGCCUGACAGAUCUACAGCUACAGCCUUUAAGAGCCCACGAACACCGCCCCUUCGGCUUUAUUCAGGUGAUCAGGAAUAUGGUGGAUUACAUAUAGCUCAACCUCCAACUGGGAAAAUUGUGAACGAACUUUUCAAAGAGGCAAGGGAACAUGGGGCUGUCCCUCUAAAUGAAGCCACAAGAUCUUCAAGUGAUGACAAAGCUAAGGUUCAGAUUUUACUGAGGCUGUGGAGCAAUGGUUUCAGUUUAGAUGAUGGAGAACUGAGGCCUUACAGCGACCCAACAAAUGCUCAAUUUUUGGAGUCCGUUAAGAGAGGAGAGAUUCCUCUGGAGCUUCAGCGACUGGUCCACGGCAGCCAGGUGAGCCUGGACAUGGAGGACCAUCAAGACCAAGAGUACAUAAAACCCAGAUUGCGCUUCAAGGCUUUUAGUGGAGAAGGGCAAAAACUUGGAAGCCUUACACCUGAAAUCGUCAGUACUCCUUCCUCCCCAGAAGAAGAGGAUAAAUCAAUACUGAAUGCAGCUGUUCUUAUUGAUGAUUCAGUGCCCACUACAAAAAUUCAGAUCAGGCUGGCAGACGGAAGUCGUCUCAUACAGAGAUUCAACAGCACACACCGGAUUCUGGAUGUACGAGACUUUAUAGUACAGUCACGUCCUGAAUUUGCAACUACUGACUUUAUUCUUGUGACUUCAUUUCCAAGUAAAGAGCUAACAGAUGAGAGCGUGACUCUCCAAGAUGCGGAUAUUCUUAACACAGUGAUACUCCAGCAACUGAAGUAGUGCUGCUCCGACCCGGAACAGAUAGUGCUGUGAUCAUUAGUAAAACACUUCCAGCAUAAAACAACCAAAUGACUUCUAUUAUUCAGAUAAAUUCUGGUUUUGCUGUUACUCCGUUUCAGUCUUUGUCUAGAUAAAAGGAUGAUUUAGACUAAGGGUAGAUCUUGAUGUUUGAGUUUUUAGUUGUAGGGCUGAUUUAUAUUGAUAGCUUGUAAAUGUUUAGAUCAAUCAACUUAUUACAUGUUCAGUGCUAAUGUAAUAACAUUUUUCAAAUGAAACAAAAAGAGGCCCUUUUUGGUAAAUGCAUUUGAUAAAAUUUGCAUUCAAAUUUCUUAAUGUAGCAGUGUCCAGUAGCCAGAACGGAUAUUUUGUUUGUAAUAUGUGCCAUAGUGUCUCCUCUGAUUUUGAAAUUGUUCAUACAACAGUUAAGAUUUUGCAUAUCUUUUUGCAUAUUGUUUAAACUAUGUUAGUGCCACAGGACAUAUUUUGGCCUUAUGUUUUGUAGAAUUACAACUGUCAUGAACUAAAUUUUAGUAGAUAUAAGUCAUCAGCUCUUGACAAGAUGUGGUCAACAGCACUUUAUAUAGUCCCUUACAGAGCCUGUCAGGAUCACAGUCAUUCAUUCAGUCAGCGUUUUUAUGGGGACUCUAUUACACACACAUUGUUGGAAGUGUCCGACACAUAUGUGUCCAACCCAUAAUCAAUUCCUCAGUGUGUGAACUCAGUCUGAGACACUGAAGUAAAAAUUACCAGCAAGAUGUUUGUGUUUCCCUGGUCCAGGCAUUUCUUGGAUAGCUUGGGUAAAACCAAUAAUGACGGAAAAGCUUGUUUGCCCCCCGGCUCCCUUCUAUCCUUGGUCACCAUUUCUGUGUCAUUUCCUGCUGACAUAAGAAAGUACAGGAUUUGUGACUGCAAUAGUACAGCUUUAGUAUCUUAGAACAAUAUAACUUGAAACCUGAACACGAGUUUGUCUGUGCUAGAAUCUAGGUGUUGGCGGGACUGCAUGGAGGCCCUAGACAACCCCUCCCUGGCUCCUCAGCUCCAGAGGCCACUGUGCCCUUUCCCCACGGUGCUCUCCUUCAUCUGACAGCCAGCACUGCGUCUCUCUGACCUGUGAUAAGAUAGGAUGCACACGGCAGUCCAUUGUCACUGCCGAGUGUGAACUUUAUAGGAACGCUAUCAUUCUCAGAGUCACUCGUUCCUGUCUCAGUUACGCGUUCAUGUGGUUAGAGGGAUUGACAUGAUUUCUUACCCCAGUCCACUCUUGCAAAGACUCACUUGCCAAAUAAACUCCCCCCUUUCACAGGUGCUCAGAUAUCCCAACCAAUUACACUAAUUCAGGGUCCAAAAUCUUAUCUGUAUUUUAUCAACUCAGAAGUCCCAAAUCUUAUUAUCUAAAUGAAGUUGGGGCUUCCUUUCUACCUAUGACAGUAAAAAUGAAUUAUCUGCCCACAAGAAAGUGGCAGCACAAUUAUAAAAUAUGCUAUAAGCAUUGACCCGUAAAGGGGCAGGAAGCAAUGGAGUGCAGACUCAUCCAGACACACCAUGCACCGCCUAAGGCCCAAGGUGAAUAUGUAGCUUGCAUAACUCAGUCUCUGAGUUUUGACUGUUCCCGUCCUCUUCCUUGCACAGAAGCCACACUGCUCGGUUCUUCCUUCUCCUGUUGUACUGUGAACCCUUCAUGCUAAACUAGCAAAUGUUCGUCAAGAAACCUUAAAUUAGGUCCAUUAAACAGGAUGCUCUUCCAAGCAUCCUUCUAUGGAACAGAAACAAUCCCAUCUCUAAUUCUUACUUUUUCAGAGAAAACAACUGUAUCAUAUGCAUAGUCUCCUCAGAGAGCCCUUUGUCUGACUGAAUAUGCAAACCGUUUUGUUAUGUGUGUUUGCGUGUGUUUGGGAGAAGCCUGAGGUUGAUGUCUGAAAUCUUCCUCAGUCUCUUUUCACCUUAUUCAGGCAGGGUCUCUCAGGUAAACCCAGAGCUCAUCGUUGUGCCUAGUCUGGCUAGCCUGCCCUAGGGAUCCCGUCUCCACCUUCAGAGUGUGGAAUGGUAGGCAGCCCUCCUACCCACCCAGCAUGCCGAGCGCUUUAGCUACUGAGCCGCAGUGUAGUAGUUGUUUAGGUAGAGUAAGUACUCCACCAAGCCCUGCUUUCUCUCUAAAUCGCCUCUCCACACAGUGUGUCUAUCUACUAUCAAACUACUAUAACCAGCAAAGAGAAUACAGGUUAACGUUUACUUGAAAAUUUCAGCCUAGUCCUAAGCUCAUCAUAUACAAAUUCUGCUUUUCGGGUACCUGUCCAGCUGCACACUAAGGCUACUGUAUGGAAUCCAAAGCCACAUCUACCUUUUGGGAUUGGCCCAGUAGCGGACCCCACUCUCUCCUGUGGCUAGAACAUGCUGUACAGGACCUAGGGUUCUCUGGUUAUUGCUAGGAAGUGAGCUGAGAGUUUUGUUUCGUACAGGGUCUUGCCAUAUAGUCCAGCUGGUCUGAGAUUCAUGAGGUAGAUCAUGCUGACCUCAAACUCAGAUCUGUCUGCCUCUACCUCCUGAGUGCUAGGGUUAAAGUCCUAGGCCACCUGAGAACUGAGAUUUUUCCAAUACUUGGUCUUUUACAACAAGAUCUCUGUGGAGAAUUUUUCUCAGUCAUAUAGAAAACAAAGACUUCAGAAUCUUUUCCGUCACUGUACAGGCUCUGCCUUGUUCCUUUUUCUGUGUUAAACACAAUGUGGGUAACAGUUGUAGUUCAAAAGAUUACCAAAACCAGCUGUGGGCACACGUGCCUGAUCCUACCACUAAGGAAAGACCCCUGUGACCUGGCGACCAGCCAGUGUGAAACUGCCUUUAGAAAAUGGGGAAGGAGGAACACAUAAUUUCAGAUGAAGGAAAAUUAGGGCUAGAGAGAUGAAUUAAUAGAUAGAGCAGAGGUGAGGAGCAGAAACUGCAUGCCCAGAAUCCACAUAAAUCCCACCAGACAUGGUGGCCACCUGUAGUCUCAGGACGGGCAGGCAGAGGGGGCGAUAUCUGCAUCGGGGUGGGGGGUGGGGUUAACUAGACUAGUUAGAUGGGAAAGUUCCGGAUUCCGCAAGAGGACCUUCAUCAAAAAAUAUGAACAAUCAGACAAAAUCAACUUCAGACCUCUAGGCACACAAAUGGGCAUGCAUGCUCAUGGGUUUGCCUCCUCUCCAACAUACAUGUGCAAAAAAUAAAUGGAGAAAUAAUCAUCGUAAACAAAAGGGCAUUACCUGUUUCAGAAACAGGGAAAUGAUAUCUCAAUCUUGUAAAAUAACUUGAAAUUUUCUUGUAGCUUUUCCAUCUAUUACAUGGAAUGCCUACAAAGGCGUAUACAGAAGAAUGACUGCCAUUUCUGUGUCUGUGACUGCCUCCAGAACACAGAGGUGUGCAUUAGGACAGAAUUGAAUGCCACAGGGAUGACUAGUGCUUUCACAACUACUACGGCAUAGGUUUUAUUAAGGAUCCGUUUACAUUUGCUCCGACUUUUAAAAUGUAUGGCUGUCACAAGACAAGGUGGCCACGGUGAGCAGUCAGAAAAGUGUCUGAGGACUGUUUUACAUGAUUAUGUAAUAAAAAGUUUGCAGUAUCUGCUUACAAAUAAUGUUUUCACUGAAACUCAUUGAAUAUGAUUAUGAAAUUAUUCAUCAUGUGUGGUUUGACUUACGUGGUUGACUCGGUUUCUUUUAAACGAGUAUUUUCAUAUGAUUUAAUUAAUUCAUAUGGCUGAGUUUGCCUUUGCUCUUUCGGUUUUUAUUCUACCACAGGAAUAGAGUCAGGUACUUUUGGCUAUUUGGCCCUGUGUAGUUCAGAAAAGAUUGGCAUAAAGUAUAUUACUAUAAGGUUACAUUCAGUUUCCCCUUAAGAUUUUGUAUCCGUGUUGAUAAUAUGUAUUUGGCCAAUAUUGCCAAAAGCUAAGGAAAUUUUUAUACGCCAAAAUAUCUACUGUUCUCUAAUUUAAAGAGUUUAUAAAAAAAAAAAUGUCCUGGGGUGUGUGUGUGUGUGUGUUUACAUAGUCUGGAACACUGACUUCUGUGACUUACAGAUAAUACCAUGUCACUUAACAAUUUUGCCUCUUAAAGACCGCAUUGCCAGGAUUUGGGGCCCUGGGGCUGCUCUUUGGAAGGUUUGUACUUGAUAUGGUCCCUUCUCCUUUAGAUGAAUGUUUACAUAGGAAGCAGACUCAAAUCACUUUAAUCCGCAGCUUCCUUAAGAGCUCCCUUAGAUGCUGCAGUUGAUUUCAGAGAAAGCUCCUUAAAGGAAAGACUCGGAGAAAGCUAAUGAGUGGCCUCUGGUUGUAUCAUAACACUUCCUUUUGUUGCAGGACCAAGUAAAUGACUAGCAACACAGUAGGAUGGACUUGCACAAAAUUAGCAACACAAUCCUUUUUCUGUUGGCAAAUUAGGAUAUUGUCUAAUUUGUAACACACACAAAAAAAGGGGGGAGCCAAGAGACUAAAGGUGAGGAAGUGAUAACUGCCCCUGUGUUAAAACAGUCUUUGUUGUCCUGCCUUUUCCUCCUCAGUCUGCAUUCGCUUGGUCCUGUGUUUGGGUAGGAACAUUCAAAAAGAUUAGUAAACACCCUUUUUACUCUUUGUCCUCUUUGUGCUCUUCUCUACGCAGUGUUCAUUGGGAUGUGUCUUUCAGAACACAAUUAUAAGGAGUUCUUUGAUGCGGUUUUCGUAUUUAAUGUCUUCCCCAUUUUGUUUUGAUUUUUACCUCUAUGACAAAGUCUUAUUUUCUUGCUAUCCUUGCCGCUUUUAGGAAAUGGUAGACUUGAAAACCAUUGUGAGCAACGUUGACAGCAAGUAGACAAACCUGCUUUCAGUAUCCUGCCAUUUGAGGUUUAAAGCCCUAAGAGAAGUAAUGUCUUAAAGAACUGUUCAUGUUUUCUGUAGAUGGAUAUGGUGUUAAGUUCGACAUUCCAAUGCAUGAGGUAUUUAUUUUUAUUCAUGUAAUAAAGUUGUAUGUAAAUAGUAUGUUUUUAUGUUUAUAAAAAUGCAUAAUAAUGAGUCUAGGAAUGCCCCUUAAGACACAUAAAUAUCUGUAAUGGAAGUGUUUGAAAUAUUGUGCACAUAGGUACUCCAUAGCAGUUCAAACUAUCUCUUUGUAUUCUGUAAUAUUAAGCAUGUAUGCCAUUCCUUUUUGAUAAAGGAGUACAUGAGAUGUGUAGGUUUAUGUCUAUUGAGGCCUUACUGAGAUCAGCAUUCUCUACAGCCACGUUAUAGUUAAUGUCACUGUGUUAUAUACCUUGUCCUGAUCUUAGCUUAAUAAAUGCAGUUUCCUCAGAGAA